AUGGGGAACUGCCUGAGACACGACAAUGGCCUUGCUGGAAAGAGAGAGGACUAUAUCAAACCCGAGCUUCCGGUUGAGUUAUUGGAAGAAGGUAACGUGAGUACUAGUGAGGAAGAAGAACGUGAACGAUCAAUGGAAGGAGAGUAUAAGAUGGUGAGGAUUAAAGUGGUGGUGAGGAACCUAGACAAAUUUUGGGUCAGAAUAAAGAUAGUGGCAGAAACAUCUCCAGGGCUUGUGAAGAAGAAGAAAAAGAAAUAG